UUAAUUACGCUUCACUUUUAAUAUGGUUUAAGAAGAAAAAAUUUAAUUGUUAAUUGCUAUUCAUAAACAACAAGAUAACGAGGAAAGGAAAUAUGGGGAGUCGCGGGGAAAUUUUAUGUUUGAUUUCAGAAAAUGAAUCGAUUUUUCCUCUUUUCCCAUUUCCUCGUCGGCGUUGAACCGACUUGGAUGUGAAGAGGACGGGGUUUUUCACCCAUUGGAUUGGCAAAGCUCUGAAGAAAGGAGGAAGACGAAAGUCUGGAAAAACUCGGUCAUGCAAGUGGUCGAAGGAGGAAUUGAGCCUCUGCUUCUGCUCUGUUUGCUAGUCUCUGCUUUCAUCCUUAGUUUGCUGGUCUAUUAUUCCAAAUUUACUCUACCCAUAAUAUGGAAUUAGCAGUAGUUAUUUUCGGUUGGAUUUUUUCUCCAUAUUUGGUGUUGGUUUGGCGUUGGUUUAUGCGAAUUAUGGGCAAGAUUGAGUUCAGCUCUGGUUUUGCAGAUUGGUGUUGGUUUGGUGUGCUAGUAUGAAAUUAGCAGAAGAAUAUGGUUGUUUUGUUUGUUCCUUCAUUCCUGUUCUCUCGGACCUUUAGUAUGGGAAAUGUUGAGGGCAUAAUUGUAAUUUUAGGUUUUUGUUAGAAAUAACUCAUACAAAAUAACCCUCUAGCCAAACAAGACAAUUUUAACCUCCAAUUUUGUGAAAUAACACACAAUUACCACAUUAUCAAUAUCUGAGUUAUUUCACUCUACAAAUACCUCAUAACCAAACAACUCAUCUAAACAACUUCUAAAGUUAUCAUUGAAUAGCGGAAUAAGUGAUGAUAAAUAUGUAUUUAGUAGAAUAGACGUAUUCUACUUUGCAUAUGAUUUUAUGGUUAGACUCAUGUUAAGUGUAGUUGAACUAGAUAUAUUAAAAAAAUUGCUAAAUACGAAAAAUGGAAGGCUUACCUGGCCAAGGCUCCUGGUCAUUCCACAAAUAGUCAAGACAAGAGGAGUGGCGAUAACACAAUAGUUGGGUUUGGAAGGGUUAGAAGCCAAGUGCGGACUUUAAGUUAGCUGAUUAAAGUUUGAUCAACAAAAUUAUUACACAAAUAAGCAUUUUGUCACAUCACCUAUAAUUGCAAUGAACAUUUAGUUAAUUUGACGUAGUUUAACGGCUAUAUGAGCUCUUAACCCUUAUUUUAUUUCUCAAAAUGAGACUUUGAGAGACUAAAGAGGCAAAGGCUCCGGUUGACAAGUAGCAAAAACACACAUCGAAAGAGUUUGUUGCAACGUGAGAACGAAUUCGUUUUAAUUUUUUUUUUUGCAUAUUACUAUGGACCCAACCUUUCAUGUCAAUGGAUUAAACGAUUAAGAUUAACAUUUGUUGGCACAAAAUUCCGAUUUCCGUAGUAUUUUUGUAAUGAAUACUUUUGGACUCAUCAAAAGAUAUUACGAGUAACCCCAUUAAACUAAUUGAAAACACUAUCAAAUCAAAGCAAAAGAAAAUCACAUUUCGUCUAUUUCUACGGUGUGUAUGAUUUUGUCCCUCCCCCUCGUAAUCUCGAUCACUACGACACUAAAGGAUGACUCGAUCAUCUAACUUGAAUAUACCCUCUUCCUUGUUGUAGUCUCCUAAUGACAAAUAGAAAGGAAAGGAAGGGUGCCAAUAGCUUGAUUUGUUACUAUGACUUCAAUUGCAACAUAUUAUGAGAUUGUGAUGGUUGAGUUAUAAUGAUUUUUUCAAAAAUUUUAAAAGUGAUAGGAGGAAAACAAGACAAAACUUUGAGACAUUCUUGUUGACUCUUAAAUAUAUAAUAAUAAUUUAGAAAGAUUUCUUUCCCAUACAAGUUUAACUAUUGAUGUCAAAAUUAUAUGAGAAACACAUUCAAAUUACAUAUUCUUCAUGUUCAAUUGCGCUGUAAAGUUAUCGAACCUCAUAUUCGAAUAAUAACAAUAAUUCAAACAGGUAAUAUCCUUUAAUUUUACCACAAAACAUGUAAAUAUAAAUCAUUUAAUCAACAUAUUUUUUUGGGUAGAAUUAAUCAACAUAUUUCACAUACACCCAAUAUUACAAAAUACGAACUAUUCCACCCAUUAUAAUUCCAAACUACAAGAGAAAUUUUACAAUGCUAUAUAGUAUUGGUGCUAUAAGUUUUUGCCUCUAUUGUACAACUUAAAAUUGUACAUUUAUGUUAUGGUAUAACUUCAGAUUGUACCUAUACUUUUUGUACAAAUUCUUUUAUGGUACAACUUGAACUUGUACCUUUAUGUGAUGGUACAACUUCAAGUUGCAAAGUUGUACCAUAACAUAAUGAUACAAAUUGUUUUAUGGUACAACCUAAACUCAUACAUUUAAUGUUAUGGUACAACUUUAAGUUGUACAUUAAAGCACCAAUACUAUAUAGCAUAGUAGAAGUGCUCAAACUACAAAUGCAAAAUAUUGGAAACGACAAAAACAAGGCACCAGGCAAAGACGGUAAUUACUCGAACUUUCGAGGGGCAGUUCCGGGAUGACGAAAGCAAUAAAUACCAAAAUUAAAUUCCUCCACGGAUUUCUCUCACUUCUACUGAGCCUUCUCUCUCCAUCCCACCAUUUCCCUCUCUUUCUUUCCCAUUCUCAUCCCACUAAGUAACUGUGUCGUGUCUUGCGGGAUUCACAGUUUCAGAGAGAGAGAGAAAGCCAAAAGGUACUUCUUCUUCUCCCACCUCCUUCUCUUUCUCUCUGCCAUUUCUCUUCCGUCAUUCUGGAUCCCUCCCUGAAUCUAGGGCACUUCUCCAACUGGUAAGAAAAUCCCCCUUUCCUCAUGACAGUCUCUCAUAACUGACCCUAGCUUCGGCUUUCAGUUCCCAUACCCUCGCUAUUGGCCGUCUGAUGGGUUUGCUUGCCUCUUUCUCGAAUUCGCAAUGUGGGUUUUACUGUAUAGCUCGAUUUUGGGUGAUUGACUUUGAUUUGCUGAUUGAGAAAUGUAGGUUGUUUGGAGUAGCAGCUUUCUACGGAGUUGAUUUUUUAGGGAACGUUCUCCUGUUUGGGGUUUGGGCCUUUGGGGGGUGUUCUCGAAUUCUUGUUUUCUGCAAUUUUAACUUCUGGGUUGGGAUUUGUUUUUGGAAUGUAGCUAAGGUGUUUGAGUUUUUAUGUUCGUUAGAGAGAUGGUGGCAGGUUUUAAAGUUGAAUGCUAACUUGUUUUUAGUUGCCCAGAGAGAACAAGGGAUGGCCUUUUUGUUGGGUGCUUUACAAAUACACAGUGAUCGUUCUCAUGGUUGGUGGUUCUUUUAUUAGGAUUUGUUUUAACAGUGUAUUAUAUGUAUUUUUUUUGGUAAGACUUGGAUGGUAAAAUUGUGGUUAGAUCCAAUGUAUUUGCGUUGCGGUUUCUUUGUUAAAUUUCUGACAAGGAUCCAGUUUUUGUUUCCCCUCUUGAGAUUGCUUCCCUAUACAAGAUCAGUAACUGUUGUUGACUUUUUUGAUUCGUGACCAAAUAACUGUGAUUGCCUGUAUUUAGGUUCAUUGUCUGGCAUUGUUAGGAAGGUAUUCCUAGAUCCAUUACUUUGUCAUCUUGAUGGUAGCUCUGGCUUUUUAUUGAGGAACCUUUGGAUCAAUAAUACUUAAGUUUGGUUUCUGUUUUAACUCGCAUUCUAGAUUAUAUGCUCUUUUUUUUUGCUGUUUGGGUUCUUCUCACACUACUGCUGUAACUAGAUUCCGUUGCUCACCAGGAUCUAUCUUCUUGGUUUGCCUGUAGAUAUUUUCUUCGCAAGAUGGACAACAUCAACAGCUUCUGGCAGUUGGGUGACGAGCUUCGAGGGCAAUCAAAAGUCUCCGAGGAUCAUAAGUGGUUUGUGGCUGCAUCUAAAUUGGCCGAACAAACGAGGCUAAAGGGCGAGCGCAUGAACAACUUGGACAUAUCAAAAGGCAUGGCUGAAAUGAGGCCACCAAGGGAAAAGAUUGGGUUCCAGGAAGAGAAUAAGUUUGAGAACCUCAACUUUAGCAUGUUGAAUUUGGAGUCUUCCAAGGCGAUGAUGGAAAAUGUGAGCAAGAAUCCUUUGAGGAGCGGUGUUUACAACAUGAAUGCGGUGUAUCAGAAGAACAAUAUGAACAACAUUGGGAAUCUGAAUAUGAAUCUUCCUGGUAGCAAGUAUAGCGUCAACAUGGUCAGUGAGAAGGAGCUUAAUCACAACAGCAAUAUUGACAACAGUGGUGGAAAUGGUGCGGUGGAUAAACGAUUCAAGACACUGCCUGCAACUGAAACGCUCCCAAGGAAUGAGGUGCUUGGAGGAUACAUAUUCGUUUGUAACAAUGACACAAUGCAGGAAGACUUGAAGCGCCAGCUAUUUGGUCUGCCUCCAAGGUAUAGGGACUCUGUUCGGGCAAUAACACCUGGCUUGCCUCUCUUUCUCUACAACUACACGACCCACCAGUUGCAUGGUAUCUUUGAGGCAACAACCUUCGGAGGUUCAAACAUUGAUCCAACUGCUUGGGAAGAUAAAAAGUGUAAAGGAGAGUCGAGGUUUCCUGCUCAGGUGAGGAUCCGUGUUAGGAAGGUCUGCAAACCAUUGGAAGAAGAUUCAUUUAGGCCAGUAUUGCACCACUACGACGGUCCAAAGUUUCGCCUUGAACUCUCUGUCCCUGAGACCCUGGACCUGUUAGACCUCUGCCAGCAAGCCGGGUCAGCAGCAUAAGCAAAACUACUUCACGCUAGCACUCAAGUGUUGGUGGCAGUGAGGAGGGUAUGCCAGCUUCCUACUUUCUGCAGAUUUCCCGUUAGAGUGCAAGCUUUUGGACGACGAAUCGUGUGGAGAAAAAGUAGAGGGAAAUGAGUGUUUGCAUUCGUGCAGGGUCUGGAGCUGAAGAAUAAUAAUGUUUGUUGUGGUUUGUGUGUGUGUGUUGUCUAAUGGCGGAAGGUGCUUUUGGGUUCCAGCGCCGGGAGUGUGGUCUCUGCUAUAAUAGUAGGUGUAGUAUCUAUCUCUAUAUAUUCUCUAUAAAUAGAGGAUUUGCAAGAUGUAAAACGAAUGAGUCAUAAAAUUAUGUAAUGGUGACUGAAUCUCCUCGCAAGUGGGGGAAGUCCCUUCCUUUUUCUAUGUAUUACCCCUUGUUUGGUUUCUGAAUCCAAACUUACAAGAAAGAGCUAUAAAAGAUGGUGUUUCAGUGUAUGGUAGUGUCCAUGUGCUUGAUUCUUUUUGGAAUUUUAAAUCGCACUUCUUAAUUACCACUUAUGGUUGAGAAGGUAAUGCCUAGGCUGUGUCCCAGAUCACUAGUAUUCAUUAGUUCAUGUACAGGUAAUCAGAUCUCUCGAUAUAGAAGAAAUCAAUGCACUGUCUAACCAAAUUUACAUUCAUUUUGGUGAAGAGUAUGUUAUUUUACAAGUAAAAGCCAAUUUGACUUGAAUGGACAGGUUGCAAAGGCCAAAAUUUAGGAUUUUGCUACGGUGACAUGCAUGUCACCGUGACAUGGAUUUUUCGGUCGAUCUAAUUCUAAAGGCGGUCGACCGAAUUGACUAAUUUGGGCAGCACAAGAAAGCAUUGCGGUCGACCUAAUCCUAAAGGCGGUCGACCGAAUUGACUAAUUUGGGCAGCACGAGAAAGCAUUGCGGUCGACCUCAAUUCAUAGCAUAAUUGAUGAGUCUUUGUUAUCAUUAUUUAUGACUAGUUAUGAUGGUUUAAAGUGUAAUUUAUACGAGCAAAAGAACCACACAAAUCGACAUACAUAAGCAAAAAAGACAUGGGGCAUAGGUUGACUUUCUUGUAUUCGGUCGACCUCGACACCAACACUUGAUCUUCAUUUUACGUCAAAUGAUUGGCUAAAUUGAUAGAACACUUAUCGUCUAUCUGGUCGACCUCUUUCUUUAUCUGGUCGACCAUGUUGUUAAUGACUGCCAUCAAGUGGUCGACCUAUAUACCUUUACGGUCGACUAUGUUGUUUCUGACGCCAACAAAAUGGUCGACCGAGGUUUAUUCUGGUCAACCAAAAAUAACAACUUAAGCUAAGAACGGUCGACCAGGUGGUCUUUGAGGUCGACCGUAAUGCUUUCUCGUGCUGCCCAAAUUAGUCAAUUCGGUCGACCGCCUUCAGGAUUAGGUCGACCGAAAAGUCCAUGUCACGGUGACAUGCAUGUCAUAGUAGGCAUACCCCAAAAUUUAUUCGUGACCAAAAUUAUUUUUGUUGUUUGUUGUGUUUCUUCUAUGACAAUUUUCAAUAUGAUCUGCGAGACCUGACCUACUGACCUGUUUGGGGUGGGUAUUACGUUAUCCGUAGUAGUGUAGGGUGAUGUAUGUGUAUUGCUUCCAACCUACCCUAUCCGUCAUGUCUCAUUCUCGACUUGUUCUAUUAUGAUUUUCAUCAAUAUCUACCUGUAUGUCUCUUCUUCAGGUUCCUUUUCCCCCGGAUCAAUGAAGAAGGGAGAAGUCU